GGGGGGAUAUCAAUGACAUCUGGCAACCCGUCAGAUGAUAAUUGCACCUUGAGCUUAGCAGCGGCGAUGAAACGCCUCCUACAAGUUCCGGCAGGGACACGACGCUUGUAACCGCGUCCCGCACGCCCUCCGCUCCGGGGACGCCAGCAAGCAAAGGACAUGUCCAGUCCGUGAACACCCUCUGAUCGCAGCCGCUUGAAUGAGCGACAGGGCCGAGAUGAGAGGGCCCACAGCCCGCCAAAGACGGACGACUAUUUCUGGGGGUGGUGGUGGCGGCGGUGUGAAGCAGCAAGCCAACGGGGGCAAGUGGCACAAUGGUGGCGUGGAGAAACCACCUCCGUGUCCCGCUAAAAAGAAGCCGGAGGAGGCACCGAGGCAUGUCAAUAACAGCGGGAAGGCGGACGGGGAGAAAGGGCGGCAGCCCAUUGGCAACCGGAGAAAGUCGAGUAGUCCAUUGGACGAAAUCAGUGAGGGACUCAGCUGCCAUGUCCUGCAGGAGUCUCUUCUGAGCUCAGCCAGCGGCUACAGCAACUACAGAGGAAUCCUCAACUGGUGUGUUGUCAUGCUGCGCCUCCUCUGUCAGGUGCUGAGUAAUGCACGGCUGUUCCUGGAGAACAUUAUAAAGUAUGGCAUCCUGGUAGACCCCAUCCAGGUGGUGUCUCUUUUCCUGAAGGACCCUUAUAGCUGGCCCGCCGCCUGCCUCAUCAUCGUGUCCAAUGUGUUCAUAUUAGCAGCCUUGUACAUUGAGAGACGUCUAGCUGUGGGAACUCUGUCCGAAAGGAGCGGCUGGAUUUUUCACAUCUUCAACUUGGCCUCGCUGUUGAUUUUCCCCUCUGCAACUAUCCUCAGCGUCACCUCCUUUACCCCGGUGGGUGGCAUCCUGUCCUUGGGUAUCUACACCGUGCUGUUCCUCAAGCUGUACUCCUACCAAGACACCAACCGCUGGUGCCGUGAGAUCAGACAAGCCAAAGCCAAGAAGCUGACUCGCUCCAACUCCUGUCCAUCUGUGGCGCAGUCCAAUGGCUCAGCCGUGCACACCCACGUCUCCUACCCCGGGAACCUCACCCACAGAGACGUCUACUACUUUGUGUUCGCCCCGACGCUGUGCUACCAGCUCAACUUCCCCAGGUCGCCGCGGAUACGCAAGCGCUUCCUCAUCAGGAGGCUUUUUGAGAUGCUCUUCUUCAUGCAGCUGCUGGUGGGAUUGAUCCAGCAGUGGAUGGUUCCCACCAUACAGAACUCCAUGAAGCCAUUCCAGGAAAUGGAUUUUUCUAGAAUGGUGGAACGUCUGCUCAAGCUGGCUGUUCCCAACCAUCUGAUCUGGCUGAUAUUCUUCUACUGGUUUUUCCACUCCUCCAUGAACUUUGUGGCUGAGCUGCUGCAGUUUGGGGACAGAGAGUUCUACAGGGACUGGUGGAACUCUGAGACUGUCAUUUACUUUUGGGCCAACUGGAACAUCCCGGUUCACAAGUGGUGUCUGAGACACUUCUACAAGCCCAUGUUAAGGAGGGGGGUCAACAAGCUUCUGGCUCAGACGGCCGUCUUCCUGGUGUCCGCCUUUUUUCACGAGUAUCUGGUGAGUGUCCCUCUGAAGAUGUUCCGACUGUGGGCCUUCAUGGGCAUGAUGGCUCAGGUUCCCCUGGCUUGGUUCGUGGGACGCUUCCUGAACGGCAUCUACGGCAACGCGGCCGUGUGGAUGUCGCUCAUCAUCGGGCAGCCGGUGGCUGUGUUGAUGUACGUGCAUGACUACUACGUCAUGCAUCACGGCCACAGCACGUAACCCGACUGAGGCCAGCGGAACGGAGCUUUGCACGGAGCCUUACUGGGACCACGGUUGCCAAGAAGGCUAGAAAAUGGCCAAAGAUAAGAAAUGUGAAGACCAGAGGAGACGUCAAAUAAGCAAAUCCGCUUUUUCCUACCUUCACAACCACAAGACAAUGCAACCAUGCCACAUUAUGUGUGUUCAUGCCUUUCUUUUGUGUAUUUGUUCAUGACCGCUGCAAUAAUGUGCCAACCCAGUUUGCCAAUGAAUGCUUUGCACUUUAAAGACA